CAAAAGAAAUUGUAUGGUUAAGCAAGAGGACAACACCACUCUCCUUUCCAGGCGCAUGUGUUUUGUGGUCAAACUAUAAUUUGUCAUUCGCUUUCCGUACAAAUUGGGAUUUCAAUCCUUUCCUUAAUUCUGUUUACAUCAAUCGUUUUUUAGUUAAGCAAACAAUAACCAAAUCUUGGAGGAGCCAACCAGACCAGACCCAGUAGAAUCUAUAGCCCUUUUGCGCCGAACCACAUGGCCUGACGCGGGUCGAAGCUCCCCGUCUCCGGCAGCAUCCUAGUGUCCUUCGAGGCUCGUACGGGUUGAAGAAGAAAAAACCCAAUAAAACUCUGACAAAUACCAUCUCUCUUUCUCUUUCUAUUUGUCUCGUUUUCGUAUGUCUCUGUCAAGUUAAUUGUCCUUGUGCCCCCAGAAACCUACCACGAGAAGGCACCAGGGCCACUAGCUUUCUUUAGAACCCACUUCUCUCAACUAUAGCCACAAUCUCUUCGAAGAACAGACACCACCCUAUUUGCCUUCUCAUUCACUCCCAUCUUAUCUAUAUAUCUUCUUCGUCUCUCCUUUCAACUUACACCACCAAAAAAGAAGAAUUGGAAAACGGGUUCGAACUUUGGGUGCAGACCAGGUGUUUGAUAAUAGUCUGAUUGAGGUUGGAGAGGUUGGGUAUUUGGGUAAAGUAAUUUAAAGGGGAUUUUGAAUUUUGGGUUUUUGGUUUUGGGGGGGUUAACACCCAGGGUUAGACAAAUUGUGGACAUCACGGCUAUACACGGAGUUUCUCGGCCUCUUAUUCAUGUCCGGGCUGUACGCCGCAAGGGUUGUGUGAACGAGAGCAACCCUUCGCCGCACGGCGGGCGUGGAGCUUUGCCUUCUGAAGGCGGUAGUCCUUCCGAUCUCCUCUUCCUUGCUGGUGGUGGUAUUGUCUGUUAGGAGUUUCAGUAGUCAAUUAAGCUAGCUUUUUAGUCUAUAAAAAAUUACUAUUGAAGAAGCUUUUCUAGAUCGCUCGUAAGAAGAAAAUUAAAGGCUGUUGUUUUUCGUUGUCUACGUUGUUCUUUGUGGGAUUUCUUUAUUUGAUUUUUUAUUGGAUAAAGAAAGAGGAAAAGAGAAGUAGUAGCAAAGAUGAUGCUCAGGAUUAAGAGGGUUCCCACUGUUGUUUCCAAUUACCAAAAGGAUGAGUCGGAAGAGACUGCUCGCCGUAGCGGAGGAUGUGGAAAGAAUUGUCUUAGAAGCUGUUGCAUUCCAGGAGCAACGCUUCCUUUAUAUGCUUUCAAGAAGGUGAACAAUAUUGAGAGUGAAAAAGAUGUUCUUGGAAUUGAGAACAAAGAGCCUCCGGUUGCUUUUCUUGACUCACUCGUUCUUGGGGAGUGGGAGGAUCGCAUGCAAAGAGGGCUCUUUCGAUAUGAUGUCACUGCCUGCGAAACCAAGGUGAUUCCUGGUGAAUAUGGCUUUAUUGCCCAGCUGAAUGAGGGCCGCCACCUUAAGAAGAGGCCAACUGAGUUCCGUGUUGAUAAGGUACUCCAGCCCUUUGAUGGGAACAAAUUCAACUUCACCAAAGUCGGGCAAGAAGAGGUGCUAUUCCAGUUUGAAGAAAGUGAAGAUGGUGAAGUUCAGUUCUUUCCAAAUGCUCCCAUUGAUGUUGAGCAUUCUCCAAGUGUCGUUGCCAUAAAUGUUAGUCCUAUCGAAUAUGGGCAUGUGCUGUUGAUCCCUCGAAUUCUUGAAUGCUUGCCCCAGAGGAUUGACCAUGAGAGCUUCUUGCUUGCACUUUAUAUGGCAGUUGAAGCUGGGAAUCCGUAUUUUAGAUUGGGUUACAACAGCUUGGGUGCAUUUGCUACAAUCAACCACCUGCACUUCCAGGCUUACUACUUGGCUGUGCCGUUUCCCAUUGAGAAGGCUCCUAACAAGAAGAUAACCACUUUGAAAGAUGGAGUGAUCAUCUCAGAGCUUUUAAAGUAUCCAGUUAGAGGUCUUGUCUUUGAGGGUGGUAACACUCUCCAGAACUUGUCUGACACUGUGUCUGAUGCCUGUAUUUGCCUUCAAGAUAACAACAUACCAUACAAUGUCCUCAUCUCUGAUUGCGGAAAGCGGAUCUUUCUCCUUCCACAGUGUUAUGCUGAGAAACAAGCUCUUGGGGAAGUUAGUUUAGAGCUUUUGGACACCCAGGUGAACCCAGCUGUGUGGGAAAUUAGUGGUCAUAUGGUGUUAAAAAGGAGGAAGGACUAUGACGAGGCAUCUGAGGAAAAUGCUUGGAGGCUCCUUGCAGAGGUUUCUCUCUCUGAUGAGAGGUUCCGUGAAGUCAAUGCACUUAUCUUUGAAACCAUUGCCAGUGGUGAAGAUGGCAUUGAAAAUGUUCCUGAGCUUGAGGAGCCUGAUACUAGAUCUCAAUCUCUUGAAAAAGAGAAUGACAUCACCAAAAGCUCCCACCAGGCUAUGGUGUCUGGGACACAAGAAUGCCUUGUUCUGCAGUAAGAAUUGGCAUUCAGUAAACAGAACCCUGUACCUUCCAGGAUCAGUUUCUACUGUUGUCAGUUUGGGAUCUAGGACUAGGAUUGUGCUUAGAACUUCCAUGAAUUAUGGCACUGGUAGCCUAAAUAAGCAAACUUAGUUUGCACUGCUGCAAUGAUAUUCGACUUUGUGUAAACUGCUAUAUGCUCAUCGACUUCAGGAUGUUCUUUCUUGGAUCAUGUAAAAUACAAUGUAAUGUUUGCUGUUAUGAGCUAAUAAAUGCACGUGAUGAUGUGCUUCAUGUAAAUAA